AUUUGAUAUUAAAUAGUCAUCACCAUUAUUUAGAUUGUUGAGUUAACAAUUAAAUUGUUCAGUUUCAAAUUAGAUUGUUGGAUAAAUUAACUUUUUGUUUUUCUUUUAUUCUCAUCAAAUGUUAUAUUAUCAUCACAUUAACUUUGAUAUUGAACAAAAAAAAAGGUGAUUUCGUUUUCAUCGUUGAUGGUUGAUGUUAAUUGUUAAUUAGCUCAUGAUCAAAAUGAGUAUCAUCUUCAUCAGAAUGAUUUAAAAUUAACCAAGCUUAAAUUGUCAGACAAUGAAUCUUUUUGAUUAAUCCAAGCUGAUCGACCUGAAUUCAAUUUCAUUCAUCCAUAUGUAACUAUUACUUUUACAAUUAACCAAAAUGAGUAACAAUUAACCAAUUGUAACAGUUAUUAUAAAGCCUAAUUCUGAUUCUUUUCAGAUUCAUUAGAUGAUUAAACAAUUGCAAUCAAUCAAAUAGUCGAUUUAAUCACAGUAUAUUAAUACUAUCAAAUCAAUGGUUCACUAAACCUGAAAGAGAGACCAUUUUAAUUGUUAAGACAAUCAAAUAGUUAAUCAUUAAAUUGGCUAAUCUCAGGUUUAAUUAUCAGUUUUCCCAAGAACGAUUAAGUUAUGGUCAAAGUAAAAGGUUAUUCAAAACUUGAUGGAUUAAAUAAAUUGCAAUCAACUAAAUUGUCAGCAAUGAGCGAAAGUAAACCAGAUAAACCAAAGAGUAAAUGUCGAUGUUCACCAUUUACUUUCCUUCGUCGAUUGAUUGGAAUUGGACUAUUCACUUAUGCGUUCAUCGAGUGUUUCGAUCAGAUUCAUGAAUUGACAGCCGAUUAUCUGAGACAUGAAGUAAUCGAAUCAGUUUCCGAUCAUAUUGAAGAUUUUGUGGAACCUCCAAAUUUUUCAUUCUGUUUUGAUCUUCUCUCAACAAUUAAUUCAACCCAAUUGUUGAAAGCUCAUCCACACUUAAGUGAUGAAAUUGAUAAAAUUCGUAAACAAGAGCCACAAUAUAACAAUUGGACCGAAAGUGCCAUCAUUCAUGAUUAUACUCAAGGUCCUACUUUGGUUUUCAAUUUAACCCUACAAGAGAUUUUCAAACUUUUACCUCCUUUCAAAAUUUCAAUUGUGGCCUGUCAAUAUUUAAACGAUCAAUUGAAGCUCGAAAAUUGUGACCAUUCAUAUUUUACCGAAUAUAUUUUCAAUCAAAUGAUUUGCAAUGAAUUCAUUUGGCAUCCAAUUAAUAGCACAAUUAAAGCGAUUAAAUUUCCUUAUGAUGGUAUUAAGAUUCCCGGUUUUCAGAAUACCCGAUUCUUGGCUUUAUACCUUGACCUUAGCCACUUGUUGAAUGUUACCGUUAUGUCGGUCAUGGCCCAUUCAUCGAACGAGGUUUCCUGGGAUCCUGAGGCGACGACACUUGAAAUGUACCCUGAAUAUGGUGAGGCCAAAAUUUAUGGACUUUCCUAUCAUAAAACCUCACGAAGAUCAUUACCAUCGCCAUGGCAGUCAAAUUGUACCGAUUUCACGGAGACUCCUUACAUCUCAAGGCAGGAUUGUCUACAGAACUGUUCGGUUUUCCGAUUCAUCAAUAAAACCUCACGAAUCCCUCGAUAUGCGAUAAUCAGAUCAUUCGAUGAGAAUAAAAUUCUUCAUGAUUAUAAGGAACGGGAACAUUAUCAAGGAUUCAUUCAAAGAUUAUCAGAAAAUUGUAACAAAAUCUGUGGUACUUCUGAUUGUUAUUCCGAAGAUUUCAGCUUGGCAGUUCUUUAUUCACCUCGACAAUCAAUUCAUUCGGGUAAAAAGUUAAUCAUUCACAUUUAUCCACCAACGAAGCCCGAUACAGCGGUCAACACUUCGCCCUCAUUGACCUUCCAGUAUUAUUUUGCCUCCAUUGGAGGAACAUUGGGAAUUUGGUUUGGUUUCUCAUUCUAUUCGUGUUUAAUAUUUCUCUUUGAUACAACACCAAAGAUAAUUAACACAAUUAAAAGUUGUUGUUCACGAAAAUCAAAGAAAACUAAACAAUCAGCACCAUUGAAAAACGAAAAUAAUCAAAUCAAUGGCGAUCAAAAUAUUGGACAAUCAACAGAUCGAUACUAG